CUUGCUUGCUUGCUUUCUCCGACUUUUUAUAUUUUUUGUGCCUUAGAUUCAGCCAUGGCUUGAGAAUUUCCUCUGAUAAAUUAAUGCCUGUCCUUCUUGAUACGCGCCUGUGCGGGCGUGUGGCGCUCUUUUGCUUUCUUCUCAUACUCUUUCUCCUUCGCCGUCCGUCAUACUUCUUAUCCGCUCGCUUGCCCGUCCGUGAUUCGUACGCCGCUCUACUCUUGGCCGUCCUUCUCAUCAAUAAUUCAACGCAUUGCCUGUAUCUAGAUUCUCUCUUUGUUUCUUUGACUUGAGUGACUUGUUUAAACAUGCUCUAAAGGUUAAAUAUGAUUGCUGUCAUUAUACCAAGUCUAUUUAUCAAUAUUAAGCA